AUGUCUCAGAAGCUUAAAGUCGCCGUGUCCCAGGCGAGGACCCGGGACACCACCGAGGAGACGAUCUCAACUCUUGAACGGGUUGCCCGACUGGCAGCGUCCCGUGGUGCCAAAAUCAUCCUUUUUCCCGAAGGUUUUCUAGGAGGUUAUCCACGGACAUGCACUUGGGGUGCAGCGAUGGGAAGCCGUGAUGACAUUGGGCGGGAACAGUACCUGAACUACUUUCAAGCUGCUGUUGAUCUGGGAGAUACGCCUACUGGAGCGGGAGAUGACUGGGUGUAUAAGCGGCUACCUGUCGCUGAAGGGAAGAAUUACCGAGGCGAUGGGGUUCGAGAGACCCUGGAGCGCAUCGCGCGUGAGACUGGGCUCCUUGUGAUCGUGGGACUGAUCGAACGGUGUGCCGGAAGCCUGUACUGCGCGGUGGUGUAUGUUGACCCCCAGCGAGGGAUGCUGGGGAAGCGGCGGAAGGUCAUGCCGACCGGCACUGAACGUCUUGUCUGGGCCCAAGGGUCGCCAUCGACCUUGAAAGCCGUAACAACUGAAAUCAACGGUGUCAAGUUGACCCUCGCCGCCGCAAUUUGCUGGGAGAACUACAUGCCGUUGUUGCGACAAAGCCUGUAUCAGCAAAAUGUAAACCUAUAUCUAGCUCCAACUGCAGACGGCCGCGAUACUUGGCUACCCUUGAUGCAAACAGUGGCAUGCGAGAGCCGCUCUGUUGUUCUCAGCUGCAACCAAUGUGUUCGGAAGAGCCAGAUGCCCAGCUGGGUGAUGGGCCCUGAUGCCAAAGGCAGCGACGGUACAGAUGACAUUCUUACAGGCGGCGGGUCAUGCAUUGUGAGCCCCAUGGGCAAGGUUCUUGCGGGCCCGGCGUGGUUUGCGGAUGAUGAGCAGGAAGGCGGGCUGCUGAUUUCGGAGGUUGACUUUGACGAUUGUGUAAGGGGGAGAUUGGACUUGGACGUUGCUGGGAGUUAUUCUCGCAAUGAUUCGUUCAAGUUGACUGUUGACGGCCUUGAUUUGAACCCUCCACCAAACUAA